AGCAACGUUAAAGCAACUUUUCUACAAUGGCUACUUCACAGUACUUGGUUUAAUGCAAAAUAAACGAUCUCAAAACAAUGCUUUUUAUCGGAUGUGUUUCAUUUAAAAGAUUUGUAUAAAGUUUGUAGAUCUAUAUAAAAUUGAAUUGAAACACAUGAUUUAAUUUUCGACAUUUUGUACAGCUGUAGACUUAGGUAGGAUUUACCACAGAAAAAUAAGUGAGUUAAAACCAGUUUUGUACGAAAAUGUCCAUAGCUAUUGCUCAAGCAAGAUAUAUAUUUGGUCUAAAGUCUGGAGUAACUGGAAAUGUUUCUUACCAUGAUGAACAAACAAUUGUCUACCCAGCAGGCUCAAACUGCAUCCUUUAUAAUAUUGAUCAAAAAACACAAAAAUUUAUUCAAGGAACUGACAGAAGUGAAGAAACAACAGCACUAGCAGUAAGUCCAAAUAGGAGAUAUGUGGCUUUGGCAGAGAAAGGAGAAAAAGCUAUCAUCACUAUUUAUGAUCUUCAUUCCUUGCGUAAAAAGAAAGUGCUUAGCUCUAGUGAAGUUCAGUCUAAUGAAUAUGUAAGCUUAGCUUUUUCUCCAGACUCUAAGUAUCUUGUUGCUCAAGGAGGAAAACCAGACUGGACACUCCUAUAUUGGACAUGGGAAAAAUCCAAAGUGAUGGCUUCUAUCAAGACAUCAAAUCCACAAAAUCCUAAUUCAGAGGUUUAUCAGGUGAGCUUUAAUCCCCAAGACAACACUCAGCUUUGUGUGGUUGGCAACACUGUUUUCAGAUAUUUCCGUUACAGUGAAGGAAACUUGAAACCUUUCAAUUUUCAAAAGUCAGACCCACAGAAUUAUCUGUGUCAUGCUUGGGUGUCAGAAGAUAGAAUCAUUGUUGGGACAGACUCAGGAAAACUAUUAUUAUUUGAAGCUGGAGAACUCAAGAGGGAGUUUAUAUUAGCAAACAAUGACACAUCUACUGAUGAAAGCAGUUAUCAGACACAUGUUACAUCACUGGUAUCAUAUUCUAAAGGAUUUGCCUGUUCUUUUGGCUAUGGAACUGUUUAUCUAUAUGAAAAAACAGAAGACAAGGAAUUUUUCAAAAAAGUUAGAGAAAUUACAAUUCCUCCUGAUCCCUACAAUAGCCAGGAUCCUGCACUUAAUCAGCAGCAAUUGUUCAGGCAUUUAACAGUGAGUCCAUCAGAAGAGACUUUGAUUGGCAGCACAGACCAGUCCCAACUCUAUUACUUGACACUUUCAAGUGCUGACCUCAGCAAAGGAGAUCAAGCUUCUUUUGAAAUAUUAUCCCAAGUAUUUCACAAUGCACCAAUUUUAGGUCUGGAUGUUUGUAUCAGAAAACCUUUAAUUGCCACCUGUUCAAUGGAUAGGUCUGUCAAAAUCUGGAAUUAUGAAACAUGCAAUCUUGAGCUGUACAAAGUAUUUGCAGAAGAAGCUUAUAGUGUUGCUCUACACCCAUCUGGCUUAUACAUUCUUGUUGGCUUCAGUGACAAAUUGCGUCUGAUGAAUCUAUUGAUUGAUGAUAUUAGGACAUUUAAAGAAUUUACUGUUCGGGGCUGUAGGGAAUGUGCAUUCAGUAAUGGAGGACAUCUAUUUGCUUCUGUCAUGGGCAAUGUCAUUCAGCUUUAUUCUACAACAACUUUUGAAAACAUUAAUAAUCUGAAAGGUCAUAAUGGAAAAGUAAAGGCUGUAGUCUGGAGUGCUGAUGAUAGCAAAUUGAUUUCUUGUGGCAUGGAUGGAGCAGUCUAUGAAUGGGACACCUUUAGUGGCAAGAGAAUUAGUGAGAGUGUCAUGAAGUCAUGCAACUAUACAAGUGUCACUGUUACACCUGAUGGCAAAACUACAUUUGCUGUUGGUACUGACAAAGCCUUGAAGGAGAUAGCUGAUUCACACAUUCUGCGAGAGGUGAUGGCCGGUGAUAUGACACUAAGCACAGUAGCCAUGUCACACUCUGGCCGCAUGCUGUUCGCGGGUACCGUGAAAGGUGCUUUAUGGUCAAUGAAAUUUCCAUUGGCUGUGCCAGGUGAUUGGACAGAGUAUCCAGGUCAUGGAGCAGCCAUUGUAAAGAUGAAGAUCACCUUUGAUGACCAAUACUUGAUAAGUGUGGCAGAGGAUGCUACAAUCAUACUCUGGAAGAUACAGGACAAAGAAGGCAGAGGGCUUAAAAGAGAUAAAGAAGUUGGCUGGGCUGAAGAAAUUCUGAUUACUAAAAGUGAUUUAGAAGAAAAGAAUUCAACUGUGGCUGAUUUAAAUUCACGAGUUGAAGAGCUGAAAAUGGAAAAUGAAUAUCAGCUCCGCCUGAAAGAUAUGACCUACAAUGAAAAAAUGAAAGAACUGACAGAAAAAUUUAUACAGGAAAUGGAAUCCUUGAAAACAAAGAAUCAGGUCCUUAAAACUGAUAAAGACAAGGAGGAGGCUAAACAUGAAGAAGAGUUAUCUGAGAUAAUGGACAAUCAUGCUAAAGAAAUACAAGAUUUAGAGUCAGCAAAUAAUCAGAAAUUAAUGUUGGAAUAUGAGAAAUUUCAAGAGCAACAAGCCAAAAUGAUGAAAAUGCAGGAAGAUUAUGAUAAACAACUGCAGGAAAUGGAAGACAGCAAGGAAAAAGCUCUAGAGGAACUCACAGAAUAUUAUGAAACUAAACUACAAGAGAUGACAGCCAAAUUAGAGCAGUGCAAUGAUGAGACUCGCCAACAAAACAGAGAAUAUGAAGAGACCAAGAAACAAAUAGAAGAAGAUGGAGACCGAGAGAUUCUGGAUAUAAAACAUCAGUAUGAAAGGAGAUUGAGAGAUGAGAAAGAAGCUAACAUGAGACUUAAAGGAGAAACUGGUAUUAUGAAAAAGAAGUUUACAAGUCUUCAAAAAGAAAUUGAUGACCACAAAGAUGAAAUUAAGAAACUUCAAGCUGAGGCAUUAAAACUCAACAAUGUUAUUCGAAGUCUGGAAAAGGACAUCCAGGGUCUCAAGAAAGAGAUACAAGAAAGAGAUGAUACAAUACAAGAUAAAGAAAAAAGAAUUUAUGAUCUGAAAAAGAAAAAUCAAGAAUUAGAAAAGUUUAAAUUUGUAUUGGAUUACAAAAUAAAAGAACUUAAAAAGCAAAUAGAGCCCAGAGAGAUGGACAUUAAAAAUAUGAAAGAGCAGAUUCAGGAGAUGGAGAGCGAGUUAGAGCGGUUUCACAAGCAGAACACUCAACUCGAACUCAAUAUUACUGAGCUGCGUCAGAAAUUAAAAGCUACUGACAAGGAGAUGCAUCAAGAAAGACAAAAGGUUCGAGAUGUGGAAGCCAUUGUUCGCAGGUUUAAGACUGACUUACACAACUGUGUUGGUUACAUUCAGGAUCCUAAAAUGUUAAAGGAGAGUAUCAAAGCUCUUUAUCAGAAACAUGUGCAGGAAGACAUUACUGAAUCAGCCAGUGUGGAUGCUGAUAUACAAAAAGAAUUCAGCAGACAAAAAGAGCACCUUGAGAGAUCAGUGGCAAGCUUACGUAAAAAGCUGGAAAAAGAUUCAGAAAUUCACAAAGCUGAUAAUGUCAGAAUAAUGCAGGAAAAUGUAACUCUAAUCAAAGAAAUCAAUGAUUUGCGUAAAGAGUUAAGAAUCUGUCGUGUCCUCAUUCAUGACAUGGAAGCAGCAAUGGGUCUUGAUGUACGGGGCCAGAAAAAGACAGGCAUAACAAUUCCAUUACCACCUAAACCAGUUGGACCAUUAGUUGAAAAGGAAUUGGAGGAACAUAAGAAGAUUAUUGAAAUGCAACAGUUGGAACUGAAAAGAUUGCGAGAUGAAAUCUAUGAUAUGGAAAUGGCGAUGGGCUCAAGGGGACAGAAUGCUCGCACAAUACUUCCACCUGUAAAUCCUGUUGCAUAAUUAUGCAUCCUAGAAAUAGUUAUUGAUGAUAUGUAUUAAAAUAUUAAUAACCUAAAGCUUAGUACUAUUUCUAAUAUUAAUUAAAAAAUAGUACCUGUGUGUUCUGCAAACAUCUGAAAGGCCGAUGCAAAUUUACUUCAGAUUUAGUAUUUAUCAUCUUUGUUUAUGAACUGAUGUUAUAUGUAGCAUAUAUAAGUCUAAACUUAAUACUUGUUAACAAAUGUAUUUUAGAAAUCUACAAAUGAUUUCUCCAAAUCUUUUUUAAGUUGUUCAUUGUACAUGCCAACAUUUCAAGACCAUCUUCUUCCAUACAAGAUUUUUUAUUUUGUUAUGUGUGUAUUAUUUACUUUUUAUUUCUUCUAUGCAUCUGAAAAUGGCUAGUUUCAAAAAAUAUUUUUAAAAGCAUAACAAUGUGUGUAUUUAAAAUUGUCAUUAAGAUUCAGAUUUAAGUCAUUCUACAUUACUUAGAUCAUGUUUACUAUGUUAAUAAAUACAUCUCAAAAAGCA